GUUGGGUUUGCCACGGUGCUGCGGGGGAGGAGCCCCCGCGAGGAGCACUCGGGCUCCAUGUAGCAGCGAGGACGAGGAGGCGCGCUGUCUGUCGAUCAAGGCACACGGGGAGCAUGGCCCCCGCGCGCUGCCUGCGUGCGCUCUGGUGGCCGCUGCUCGCGCUGGCCCUUCGCUCGGCCCCCGCGGAGUCUCACCCGGCCGCCGCGUCCCCGCCGGGCGCCGACUCGACGCUGUCGGCGCCACCGGACUACGUGCUCGAGGACUACCGCGGCAAGGGCUGCCUGGACGAGACGGGCUACGUGUACAAGCUGGGCGAGGAGUUCUCGCCGGGACACUCGUCGUGCCCGUGCCGCUGCACGGUGGACGGCCCCGUGUGUCCCAAGCCCGAGUGUCCGCGCAUCUCGGCGUCGCGCUGCGCCCGCGUGGAGCACAACGGCUGCUGCCCCGAGUGCAAGGAGGCGCGCAGCGAGUGCGAGUAUCGGGGAGCCACCUACGGACUCCUGCAGGAGUUCAAGCCUUCCCCAUGCGAGCGUUGCCGCUGUGAAGCGAACGGGGAGGUGUCCUGCGUCGUGGCUGACUGCGCAGUCCCAGAGUGCGUGAACCCAGUUUACGAGCCAGAGCAGUGCUGCCCGGUCUGCAAGCAUGGUACGGCGCGAACUGCUACGCGGACACGCGCGUCAUCCCUGCCGGACACGAAGUGAGGAUCGACACGUGCACGGUGUGCUCGUGCCCACUACCCGGCAACAGCGGCUAUGCGGACCGGCAAGCCGUGUGCAUCAAGCAAGACUGCCAAGGCAGCUAGCCCUGCCGAGCGGUGCCGUCGCAGAAAACCUGACGCGGCCCGCAAGCAGCAUCCAGCACCUCCCGAGGGUGCAGUUGAGUGUCCAUCAGACCUGGAAUGGCAGUGUAAAGAAUGUAUGUAAAAAAAAACUAUGAUAAUACUAAUAGUAUCCUAUAUUAAAAAAGUCUAAAAAAUCGAGCAUUUCAAAGAAUAUUUAUAUUCAAUGUUGUUAAUUGCUAUUCCAUUAAUAAAAUAAAACACUUCAAAUUAGUAUACAUGUGAUUAAUAGCUAACUGUUAAUAAGUUACACAAAAAUUUUAUGAUAUUAUUUUUCGUCGUGCUUUGUAUAUAUGUAGGGUUGGACAAUUAUUUAUAAGUAAGGGUAUGCCACAGUUUUGCAUUGUAGUUCGUCCAAGGGGGCAGUGCCCAUGAGUGGUGGAUGGAAUACAACAAUUGCUGAGACCGUUUGAUGGUGGGGUUAUGGCAAGAGAGAUGUGGGGCUGCGCAAGGAUGGGUAGCCAAUCAGGCCAACCGUUUUCUCUAGUACAUCGUUGCCUAACCACUUUUGAAAUGUGCCUGCAUUAAUUUGUCAGAACAGUGCAGCAAUCCAGACCUGCCAAUUCUAAUCAAAACAGUGAAUGUAACCUGCAUCAUUCGUCUAACCUUUACACAGUAUGAGUACUCUGGUUUUCCCGUUUCCUUGACUGGUGAGGAAAUGAAUAGAGGUGAAUAACCUGUGGCGACUUAGCUGGCAUGGAAUUUUAGUUUCGUAUUUGGUUUGGAACGCAUUCCACUCAUGUGCAAAAGUGUGUGCAUUCAGUUUGUGCUCAGAUUAAAAAGGUUAAAGAUUUUGUAAUGUUAGUAAAACCCAUUUAAAAUUACCUAAUAAUAAAUAAAUAUAGUUGAUUGGCAUAGCACAUUUUAAACGGUAAAUGUAUCCCAAAAGUCUUAAUAUCCUAUUUAUCGGUCUGUAUUAUAAUUCUUGGCUCUCCACCAAUGUCCGAAUAUGGACCACGUGACAUGCAUGGCUUUUGGACAUUAUUUAAACUGUGGCUUUAGAACUCCCUUGUUUUUGCUUGUGUUUUAUUUUAGAUAAAAAGGUCAGCAAUGUGACUUACCAUAUUAGAUAAUAAAUAUGUCAUUUAUAUAUGUAACUUCCAAUGCAUAGCUGAAAGGAAACAGUUCUCUUCAAACAUUAAUGUAUAGUAUAUUCAUGAAAACUCCUCUUAUUUACGACUGUUUUAACCGUGACUCCUAUUAUCCAUGGGAGCUGUAGGGUCUGCAUAAGCUCCUAUUAUCCGUAUCCCAAUCCUUACAAGUAUCCACCAUCAUCCGCAAUUUGUCCCAUCAGUCAAUGUGGAAUGGCAAAUAACUCCAAUAACUUGAGACCAAUGCAAAAUGUAUCGUAUAAAAAAAUGCUGCGGGUGACACACACUUUAAAUCAACUGCCACAUACAGGCGACACGCAUAGACAUCUGGAUCUGGCUUCAGGCCUGGCAAAUCUAGGGGUAUCUGCAGAUUAUCCAUGGAUAAUUACCGGCCCUAUUUCCCAGCCUUGGCUGCCGGAAAAUGAAUCGUAAAAUUAUCCUCACAUGCUUUGCAGAUUAUUGGAAUUGAAUGGCAAAUAAUUUCAAUUAUCUACGAUUUUUCUCACAUUUUUUUCCUGUGGAUGAGUGGGGUAAAUUUGCACCCGAUCUUGGAUAGAGAGUGGAUGGUUAGUUGGGCAUUGUUUGCAUAUUGUUUUGCUAUAAAAUAAAUUGUAUUGUACUUUUACGGUCCAGCAUCAAUGCGUUUCGCCUUCACCGACGCGAAAUGACCAGUGUGAUAAAGUAUGGUCAAAUAACACACAGGAAAGAUGCUCUCAUCCAGCAGUGGAUUGAAAAUGGGCUGUGUAUGUACACACACAUAUACACCAUAUAUAUAUAAGCUACAUUUGUUUCUGUCUUACAAUUAUCUUCUUGAAAUUACACAAAAUAUUAAGUGGAGCACUUUAAUGAAUUUAGAGCAUAUGUAUGUCUAAUAUUACAAACCAGCUAUAUAGAGUAUAAUGUUAUUAUAGUACAGCUGUCGUAUGUUUGAAUACUAAUAACUUUUGUUGCAGCACAUAUGGAUACAUUCAAACAAUAAAGUUACUCCAUGACUGACCCUAAAUGGUUAAAGUUGGCCAACCUACUUCUGCUUUCUGUUAAAAAAGUUCAUUCAUUUUCUAACAACUUGCAAUCCCAGGUAACUGGAUGAUUAUUUUCAAGAAACAGAAGAGCGGAACUGAUGUAUCUAAUUUGGGUGCAUUAGGAGCUACAGGAAAAUGUUCUGAUAAUUAACCGUUCAAAACAAGAUGAGUAAAAGACACAGCAAUUAUUAGAAUCUAUAGGGAUUCAUGAAAAUAAAUUAUUAACAUCUUCACCAAACAAUACAAUUUGGAGUUGUGUAGCCUCUAAAUACAACCACAUUUCAAGACACCCAGAAAUUGGACAAACCACUUAGGUAUUUACAUUUACCAACAAUUGUACAAUCCGAACUCAUGGAUUAUUUUAAAGUAAUUACCUUAUUAUGGGAAAAUUAUGUCAAUAGAACACGAAGUAAUGUGAAAGUCCCAAUAAGGCAAGGUCUUUGUGUUAGAUUCAGCUAUUUAUGUGCCCAGCAAUUGCUAGGUGACCUCAUUUGGCUGAUGUCACGAUUGUGCAAGCAUUGAUUGUCACUUAUAUUGGUGUGUGACAGCAACGGUUGUUGGUGAAUGAAUAUAAUUCCGUUUUACAGUCUAGUAAUUGUGUUUGUGUGUAAAUGUUCAUUACAAAUAAUGAUAAGGAAACAUUCUGCCGGUUCUGAAAAAUAAGUGGCUGUAAUAGUUGUUUAUUGCUCUUUAUACAGUAUUUUUAUUAUCUGUAACUCUGUAAACACAACCAGUUCCAUCGUUCCAGUUGUAAAUUUCAAAACAAUAUAAAAUAUUUGA